UGUGUACAGAACCUUACGGUUGUAGCUCCCUUUUCUCUCAGGCAUUAUCUCCUCAGCUUCCUUAUAAUCUUAGGAAGAUAACAGACACCUAUUGAGUGAGAACUGUGCCAGCCUUGUCGUUCACCAUCUUCCUAAAUCCAACCCCAACCCUGUGAGGUCGAUAUUCUGAUAGCCACUUUGCAGAAUCUUACGCUCACCAGUAGUGCCAGAAUCCUAAUGGAUGCCUUGUGUCUGGGGAGAUCAUCCUUGUGCUGUGGGGAAAACACUGAAUUCAAAGUUGAGGGCUGGGUACCAGCCCUGGUUCCGUGACUUCCGGCAGGGAUUCUUAACCUGGUUUUCUUUAGACAGGUAGGUAGCAAGUCUCCAAAAUGGUAGGCUGCUGUUUUUCUUGGGUUGUCUCCCCAGGUAGAAGGCUAUGCCUUUUGUCACGUUGCCAUGGGAGUCAAGGACCUCCAAAAAACGUUUAAGACCGAUGAUUGACUCGGCUGUCUUUGUCUCCUUGCAAAGACCAGGUUUAAGAUGUCAUUGUCAUUACUUUUGGUAUUAUUGUCCUUUGAACACCGCCUCCCACUACGACCGGUUGCCGUCAGGGUCCUUCGAUGGCUCUGACUUCAUGUCCUCCCCAGGAGCUCGAGGCCAUGAGCAGGUAUACCAGCCCGGUGAACCCGGCUGUCUUUCCCCAUCUGACCGUGGUGCUCCUGGCCAUUGGCAUGUUCUUCACCGCCUGGUUCUUCGUUUACGAGGUGACCUCCACCAAGUACACUCGGGACAUCUACAAAGAGCUCCUCAUCUCCCUGGUGGCCUCGCUCUUUAUGGGCUUCGGGGUCCUCUUCCUGCUGCUCUGGGUCGGCAUCUAUGUAUGACAACCCGCACCCCCUUGGGGCACCAACCAGCGGCUUCACUGGAUCUCUCCUUUUGUAAAUUACACUUUGGGUCUUUUUUUACUCUUUCCGAAAGAGUCACCCCUGUGCUCACAAUAAAGGCAGAGGUGUGACAGUUC